AUGGCCAAUUUGGCGCCUUCCCACCGUCCCCGUCCCCGCAAGAAGGGCAGACCGGCAACCUCCCCCGGCUCCAACAACAAUUUGAUCUUGGAUAUUGGUGAUGGAAAACAGACACCGGCAUUCCCACUCGUCUCGUUCUUGUGGGCUGCAAGAGCAGGUGUUUCGCAAUGGCUCAUUCUCCCGCUCAUCCUAAUGGCUGUUGGUCUCUUUCGAUGGGCAGUGAGCUUAUGGGGUUACUCCGGCUUUCAGGUUCCUCCGAUGCAUGGUGACUUUGAAGCUCAGCGCCAUUGGAUGGAGAUCACCACGCAUCUCCCAAUGGCCCAGUGGUACACCUACGACCUACAGUAUUGGGGUCUUGACUAUCCACCACUGACUGCAUACCAUAGCUGGCUUCUGGGAAAGGUUGGCUCCGCCUUUGACCCGGAAUGGUUCGCUUUGGAUGCCUCCCGAGGGUUCGAAGAUCCCAACUUGAAGGUAUACAUGCGUGCUACCGUGGUGGUUUCCGAAUACUUUGUAUUCGUUCCGGCCGUCGUCACUUUCCUCCGCCGCUACACCCGUAUGCAGGGCGUCCAUGCCUGGUCAGCCUCUAUCGCACUUGCAGCGGUUCUUCUGCAGCCGGGCAAUAUCCUCGUGGAUCAUGGCCAUUUCCAAUAUAACACUGUCAUGCUGGGGCUGGUGGUGGCGAGCUUAGAUGCCAUACUGGCGGGACGUAUGCUCUGGGCCUGCAUUUUCUUCGUCGGCGCGUUGGGAUUCAAGCAGAUGGCGCUAUACUAUGCACCGGUCAUGUUUGCCUAUCUGCUCGGUGUUUGCACUUUCCCUCGGAUCAACAUCCCGCGCCUCUUCGGUAUAGCCCUCAUCACGCUGGCCAGCUUUGCGUUACUCCUGGCCCCGCUCUUGGUUGGCGCCGCCAACGCCAGCACCCGAGAAGUUUAUGCUUCUUCCCCGGCACCGCCUUUAUUGCAGGCACUGCCAAUUCAGGUGGACAAGAGCUCGGUCUUUUAUGCAUUGCUUUUCCAGAUGACCCAAAUCGUUCACCGCGUUUUCCCCUUCGCACGUGGACUAUUUGAAGACAAAGUCGCCAACGCGUGGUGUGCAAUUCACACUUUCUACAAGCUCACGCGCUUCGAUGCGACCCUUUUGCAGCGGGCAUCCCUCGGCGCCACUUUGGCCUCGAUCAUUGUUCCAUGCGCCAUCAUCUUCCGCCAUCCCCGGGCAUCCCUUCUCCUUCCCGCUCUCUCUGCCGUCGCUUGGGGCUUCUUCUUGUUUUCUUUUCAGGUACACGAGAAGAGUGUCUUGCUGCCUCUGCUGCCGAUGACUUUGCUCCUUGCUGGAGACGGUGGACUCAGCAAAGAGCUUCGUGCCUGGGUAGGCUGGGCCAACAUCCUUGGCUCAUGGACCAUGUACCCCCUCCUCAAGCGCGACGAGCUGCGCAUUCCCUAUUUUGUCCUCACUUUGCUUUGGGCCUACCUUCUUGGCCUUCCUCCCACUUCGUUCGAGACCUAUCGGAGCCGCGUACCACGGGAAACUGGUGCUGCUCAAUUCGAACCCAACACCCUGACUACCCUCCUCCACUUUAGCUUCUACUUGGUCAUGAUUGCCUGGCAUGUUCUCGAGGCAUUCGUGGCUCCACCCCCGGGUAAGCCUGACCUGUGGGUGGUUCUGAAUGCCCUGGUCGGAGCAGGUGGCUUCGGCAUUGCCUAUCUGUGGUGCAUGUGGAAAUUGCUCACACAGUGCCGCAAGAUCGAUCUGCAGGCAAUCGGGGAGGACAGUCAGAAAAAGAAGCAGUGA